AUGGCAAACCUACGAAAAACACACCCCCUUAUAAAAAUUAUUAACCAAUCAUUCAUUGAUCUCCCCGCGCCCUCUAAUAUCUCUGCAUGAUGAAACUUCGGCUCUCUCCUAGGAGUAUGCCUGGGGCUUCAAAUCAUUACAGGACUAUUUCUAGCUAUACACUAUACAUCAGACACAACAACCGCAUUCUCCUCCGUAACACACAUCUGCCGAGACGUAAAUUACGGAUGAAUUAUCCGGUACUUACACGCAAAUGGAGCAUCCAUGUUUUUCCUCUGCUUAUUUAUGCAUGUAGGUCGAGGCCUAUACUAUGGCUCUUUCACUUUCCUAGAGACAUGAAAUAUUGGAAUCCUCUUAUUAUUUGCAGUCAUAGCAACAGCAUUUAUAGGUUAUGUCCUCCCAUGAGGACAGAUAUCAUUUUGAGGUGCCACCGUCAUCACCAACCUCUUAUCCGCCAUCCCUUAUAUUGGUACCAAUCUAGUUGAAUGAAUCUGAGGAGGCUUCUCAGUCGAUAAAGCCACCCUCACACGAUUUUUCGCCUUUCAUUUUAUUCUCCCAUUCGUAGUGACGGCCCUUGUAAUUGUUCAUCUCCUAUUUCUUCAUGAAACCGGGUCUAACAAUCCCUCAGGAAUAUCAUCCGAUACCGACAAAAUCCCAUUCCACCCAUACUUUACAAUCAAAGAUAUUCUAGGCUUAAUAAUCCUAAUAUUACUUCUUAUGAUCCUAGUCCUAUUUAUACCAGAUCUUUUAGGAGACCCAGACAAUUAUACCCCAGCUAAUCCUCUAAACACUCCACCCCAUAUUAAACCAGAAUGAUAUUUCUUAUUCGCAUACGCUAUCUUACGAUCUAUCCCUAACAAACUAGGAGGUGUUUUAGCCCUAGUAUUAUCAAUCCUAAUUCUGGCCAUCAUCCCUAUAUUACACAUAUCUAAACAACGAAGUAUAAUCUUUCGCCCCCUCAGCCAAUGCCUAUUCUGAAUUCUAGCAGCCGACUUACUAACACUAACCUGAAUUGGCGGCCAACCCGUUGAAUACCCAUACAUCACUAUCGGACAAGCAGCCUCCGUCCUCUAUUUCUUAACUAUCCUAAUCCUUAUGCCCAUAACUAACCUAAUUGAAAGCAAACUACUCAAAUGAUAG